AUGGCGGCGGAGCCGGCUAUUGAUGCGGGGCUGCAGCAGCUGCAGCUGGGCGACGAGGGCCUGCGCGUGAUCGACCUGCCCGGCUCGCUGCUGGACCAGAGCUACCUGGUGCAGAUCUGGCUGCUCAGCAACUGCGUCUUCGUCUGGAUGGGCUCGGCGGCCGACAAGCCGCGGCUCGGCUCGCUGUCGACGGCCAUCGCGACGCGCUACAGCCCCAUGCCGCUCAUCACGUCCAUCGUGGGCGCCCCGGAGAUGGAGGAGCAGCAGAUCGCGCAGAGACUCGCGAGGCGCACGGGGAGGCAGUGCUUCGUGUCGUGCCAGCUGCCGGACCACGUCCCCGAGCUCUUCGCGUACGUUGAGAAGCAGAUCACCAAGAGGCUGACGGAGGAAGGGAUCGUGGUCAAGAAGUGA